GGUCGAUGCCCUGCUCGCGGUCACGUGAGAUCGACUUGAAAACCGGAAGUGCUGCUCAGCCAAUUCGCGUUUGUGUCUCCGGUUCUCGGUCCCCCAGUUGCGAAGUACCGUCCUUGAGGGCUCUCGAUUGUCUCGUCAUCCCGGAAGCUUCCGGAGCCCUCGGUAUCGGCGGUGGCAUGUACUACGCGGUGCGGAGAGGCAGGAAAAUUGGAGUGUAUACCACCUGGGAUGAAUGUAAAGAACAAGUUGAUAGAUAUCAGUAUGCCAGCUACAAGAAGUUUGCAACAGAGAGAGAAGCUUGGGCUUUUAUAAAUGAAGAAGCAACAGAACCAUCAAUUUCUUCAAGAGGCUUUGGUGGAAACCAGUACAACUAUAGACAUUGCAAUAACAAGGCUACAUAUGAGUCAAGUUAUACACAACCACACAAAAGACCAUACGAAGAGUUUUCAGAGAAGAAAUAUACAAAUAAGCGUGUAAAAUAUACAGACAUUCCUUAUACUUCAGCAAAUAAUGAAUUCUCGUAUAUGGGAGAUUAUACAGUUGUUUACACGGAUGGAUGUUGUUCAAGUAAUGGACGCCAGGCGGCCCGUGCUGGGACAGGUGUAUAUUGGGGACCCGGCCAUCCUCUAAAUAAUAGUGAAAGACUUCAUGGACGGCAAACAAAUCAAAGGGCUGAAAUAAACGCAGCUUGCAAGGCAAUAGAACAAGCAAAGAGUCAAAAUAUCACAAAACUGGCAAUCUAUACUGACAGCAAAUUCACCAUUAAUGGUGUGACAAACUGGAUCCCAAACUGGAAGAGUAACGGUUGGAAAACCAGUGCAGGAAAAGAAGUAACAAACAAAGAAGAUUUUGAAAGACUUGCUAAGCUUUCAGAAGGCAUGGACAUCCAGUGGAUGCAUGUUCCCGGUCAUGCUGGCUUUCCUGGAAAUGAAGCAGCUGAUCGAUUAGCAAAAGAAGGAGCUGGAAAAUCAUUAUCCUAGCAUUUUAUAACCCAAAUACUCCACUUAGUGAUAAGAAUAAAGAUUAAGGUUGUUUCAAGUUAAUUUUUGUUGAGUUGCCAUAUGUUUUAGAAUAAAUGAGACAAAUAUCUCCCUUAAAUGGUGAAGAAUGUAAAUGCUUUUUAUGUACCCUAUAUGUUGCCAGAGCAUCUCUUCCAUUUCUCAAUCUGUGUCCAAGCGUUUGCAUCAUAUUAGUUAUGUAACACAGCAAAUUGGGAAGUGUGUGUAUAAAAUAACUACUUGCUUGGAUAACAAUAUGUUCUUAAGGGUUUUUUAAAAUUUUAUUGUCUAUACAAUAUAUAAUACAAUGUUGUUCAAUUCUCUACAAUACAGAAAGGAAAGUUCAGUACGAUACAAAAUCAAAAUUAUUACCGUAUAUGGUGCAAACUCAGAAUGUAAGAUCAAUGUUCACAGUAUAUUCAGGUGUUUAUAUUUUUGGAGCAGAUUGCUUUGUUAUUUAUAUAAAUAAAAUGAUUUAUUGGUGCUGUCAUACCUAAUAUAUAAUGGUGGCACAGUAAACAUG